CAACCUGCGGGCUACAGGAGAAAUCUACAUAACUCAAGCCCCAACCACCUCCCUCCCUCGCUUCUUCCCCCGUCCCGGCCCCUACCUAUCCAUUUCCUCUCCCUGUGGUUUGCCGGCGCCGCUCGCUCGCUCGCCGCCGAUCUCACUCUACUCACCUGGGAAGAACACACACACACACACACACCAGGCAAGCGCCGCCCCCGGCCGGCCGGCUGCUCUCUUUCUCCUGCCUGCCAGAAUAGAGCGUGUCGCCGCCUUGCUGAAUGUUCCUGUGAGUUUGACAAGGCUGCCACCAUAAGCAACUGACGAUAAUGAGCUGGUGUUGCCUCCCAAGAGCCAAGAAACAACAGGACAAUAAUCUCUACUCCCAUAGACAACAGGAGAUUCUUCACCCCCAUAGCAGCUUAACCGGCAUUUCAGCUGAGAAGAACAUAAGGCUCUUCUCUUAUGCUCAGUUGAAAUCAGCAACCGACAAGUUCGACCGCAACAACAAAGUCGGCCGAGGUGGUUUCGGGACAGUAUAUAAGGGAACCCUACCAAACAAGCAAGAUGUAGCGGUCAAAGUUCUCUCUGCUGAAUCCAGACAGGGAAUCAGAGAAUUUUUGACAGAAAUCGACGUUAUCAGCAACGUGAAGCACCCUAACCUUGUUGAGUUGAUCGGCUGUUGCGUCGAAGGAGACAACCGCAUUUUGGUGUAUGAGUACCUAGAGAACAGCAGCCUUGACCGUGCACUGUUGGGCUCUAACAGCGAUCCUGCUAAUUUUACAUGGAGCGUAAGAUCUUCCAUAUGCAUCGGUGUUGCCAGAGGUCUUGCGUACCUGCAUGAAGAGAUCCCAUCACCGAUCGUGCACAGGGAUAUCAAGGCUAGCAAUAUACUCAUCGACAAGAACUACGUCCCCAAGAUCGGGGACUUCGGUCUGGCCAAACUAUUUCCGGACAAUAUCACCCACAUCAGUACCCGAGUAGCUGGAACAACAGGUUACCUUGCACCUGAAUAUGCAUGGCAUGGUCAACUGACUAAGAAAGCAGAUAUAUACAGCUUCGGGGUCCUCGUAAUCGAGAUCGUCAGCGGCAAGAGUGGCUCGAGGAGCCUGCUGGCUGAUGACAAGUUUCUUCUAGAGAAGACUUGGGAGCUGUAUGAAGCAGGGAAGCUCAAGGAACUGGUUGAUCCAGACCUUGGGGAUUACCCUGAUGAGGAGGCCAUCAGGUUCAUCAAGGUGGCCCUCUUCUGCACGCAGGCGGCGGCGGCGCGGCGCCCUUCGAUGCUGCAGGUGGUGAAGAUGCUGUCCAAGCCAAUCCGGAUCAACGAGAGAGAGCUGACCGCGCCAGGGUACAUCAGUGAGUACAAUAGCGGUGUCUCCAAGGCGACGGCCUCCAGCGACUCGAGGUUCAAGAACUCGACCACGGCGGAUGAUUCCGACAUGUUCAGCACCGUCGUGCCCCAGACGGUGACCGACAUCAGCCCUAGGUGAAACAAGGCACCAGGGAGGGUGGUCUGCUUUGCUCACUUGCAUUAUUGUGUAGGGUGACAGUACCAUAGAGGGCAGCACAUACUUAGAUAUGUGCACUGUGCCUGCUCCUGAGUGUGUUUGUGUCAAUGCGGCAAGUAGAAGCUGUAAAUAAUAGACUAGUGAUUCAUGCCAGGGCAAUGUAAAAUUGCUGCUUGUUUGGACAGCAUGAAGUGGAGUAGUUGAAUAGCAUUUGCAGAGUCAUCAA